AUGAAUGCUGAUGUUCUCACUGUAGAUUAUCUCCUUAAGAAAGGUGCUACGAAAAGUAUCAAGGACAAUCAAAACAGAACUCCAAUUUUAUACAUCAAAGAGAAUCAAAAGAAAAAUCCUGAUUUAAGAGAAAAAUAUAUUGUGAUUAGGGAACACUUAUCUUCUAGGAAAAAAGAUAAUAAUCCUCAAUGA